ACGCAAGUCUUUUCUGCAGGGCGGGGACAUCAUCGUCAUGAUGAAAGUUUCUUUCCUUUCUGUUCCAGCAGCUUCCGUACCAGCUACAGACGAGUGAGUGACACCGGGGAGUGACACCGAGGAGGACAGCCAGGAGCGGGGAUCUCGGCCAGUUUUCAGGACUUCAUAUUCAAUGGCAGGGAAACCAGUGAGCAGGAAGUUGAAAUGAAUUCAGAAACUGUACUUGAAGAAUAUCUCUAUAAAAGGUCACAGCAGAAAAAGUGGACAUCACCAGUGAACUACAAGGAAAGAUUGUUUGUGCUCACUAACGCCAGAUUAACGUAUUAUGAGGGACGUUCUGAGAAGAAAAACAAGAAGGGAUCUGUGGACAUCACAAAGGUCAAGUGUGUGGAAGUUGUGAAGAAUGGAACGAACGAAGUGCCUUGUCAGAAUAAAUAUGCAUUUCAGGUUGUCUACGACACAAACACAUUGUACAUUUUUGCACCCACCUCAGAGAGCCGUGACCAGUGGGUGAAGUGUAUGAAAGAAGGAAUAAAGAACAACAACUACAUAUUGCCCAAAUAUCACCCCAGGCUUUGGUCAGAUGGUGUUUAUCAGUGCUGCAGGCAAACAGAGAAACUGGCUCCAGGAUGUGAGGCAUAUCAACUCUUUGCGGGUAUUGCAUCAAAACCCCUGCCACCUACACCAGAUGCUAAGAAAAGGCCUCCGCCACCUUUGCCACCAGAACAGAAUCAGGUGGAUAAGGAAGACAAAGAGGAUAAAGUAAUUGCAAUGUUUGACUUCCAUCCUGUGGAGCCCCAUGACCUUAGACUGACCAUAGGGGAGGAAUAUGUGGUGCUUGAAAAGAAGGAUGUGCAUUGGUGGAAGGCAAGAAAUAAGUAUGGACAGGAAGGCUACAUUCCCAGCAACUAUGUGACAGAAAAAAAACUAGACAAUCUAGAUCAAUAUGAGUGGUAUAGUAGAAAUAUGAACAGAAGUAAAGCAGAACAGCUUCUCAAAAUGGAAGACAAAGAAGGCGGGUUCAUCGUUAGGAAUUCCAGCCAAGCUGGCUUGUAUACUGUGUCACUUUAUACAAAGUAUGCAGGGGAAGGUUCCUCACCAAUUCGUCAUUAUCACAUUAAAGAGACACAAGGAUUCCCCAAACAGUGUUAUCUGGCAGAAAAACAUGUCUUUAACUCUAUUCCUGAUAUGAUUGAAUAUCACAAGCACAACGCAGCAGGCCUAGUUACCAGAUUAAGAAAUCCUGUGUGCCCGAGGAAUAGGACAGCUCCUACAACGGCAGGAUUCAGCUAUGAUAAAUGGGAAAUAAAUCCUUCUGAGCUCACUUUUAUGAAGGAGCUGGGAAGCGGCCUGUUUGGUGUGGUGCGUCUUGGGAAGUGGCGAGCACAGUAUAAAGUCGCCAUCAAGGCCAUUCGUGAAGGUGCCAUGUCUGAAGAGGAUUUCAUAGACGAAGCCAAGGUUAUGAUGAAACUGACUCAUCCCAAACUAGUACAGUUGUAUGGGGUUUGUACCGAAUCGAGGCCAAUCUACAUAGUGACCGAGUUCAUGGAAUACGGCUGUCUACUGAACUACCUCCGCCAAAGACAGGGGCAAUUCAAUGCUGACAUUCUGCUCAGCAUGUGCCAAGAUGUGUGUGAUGGAAUGAACUACCUGGAACAGAACAAUUUCAUACAUCGAGACCUGGCUUCCAGAAACUGUUUAGUAAAUGAUCUUGGUGUAGUAAAAGUUUCGGAUUUUGGAAUGACAAGGUAUGUUCUUGAUAACCAGUACACAAGUUCUUGUGGAGCCAAGUUCCCUGUGAAGUGGUCACCACCUGAGGUCUUCAACUACAGCAAGUUUAGCAGUAAAUCUGAUGUCUGGUCCUUUGGUGUGUUAAUAUGGGAAGUGUUCACUGAGGGUAAGAUGCCAUUUGAGACCUACUCCAACGUGGAAGUGGUAGAGAUGGUGACAAGGGGGGAAAGACUCUACAGACCUAGACUGGCUACAAACAGGAUUUACACAAUAAUGAUGGCCUGUUGGCAUGAGAAGCCAGAAGGACGGCCCAAGUUUUAUGACCUUUUACUGGGAAUUGGCCAAAUACUGGAAGGAGAAUUAUGAAGACUUGGAAAAAGUUAUACUUCACUGACUGGAUUUUUUUUUAUUAUUAGACAAUUUAGUAGUUGGACUUCUACACUGUUGGACAUACAUUUCCCCUAUGUGGUUCCUACAUGAUUUCUUAGUUCAUUUUUACAUGUAAGAUUUUUAGAAUAUCUGGCACACUACGGGCUUUACCUUCUGUAGGUUUACCCAACUCACAAUUCCGUUUUUUGAAUGGAAUUUUUCCUUUGAUUUAUUUUCUACAUGAAAGUUCUGAAUGCUACGGCCAUUUUAAAGCAUCUGUGAAUGAAUGGUAAACGAUUUCUAAAUUGUCAACUUUUGUAACUGUGAUGCCUUCCUACGUCUGUACAUAACAUGUAUAUUUAUAUAAAUAUAUUUAUGAUAAAGAGUUUUUUUG